AUGUGGAAGUUCAUAGUUCAAUUUGCCACCCAGUUGAGCUGGUUGUUCGACUACUUGCUUUACUGUUCUUUCGCGAAACCCUACUAUGAGUUUGAACUACCUGCAGAAACUACAGAGACGACUCUUAUUAGCACAGUGGACUACGAAAACCCCAACACUGCUGUAAGUUCUGAAGAAGAAGAAGAAUGCGCUGUGUGUCUAUGCAAAAUUGAGGAAGGAGAAGAGAUGGGAGAACUGAGAUGUGCUCAUCUCUUUCAUAAAGCUUGCUUGGACCGUUGGACAGGUCUUAAACAUGUUACGUGUCCCCUUUGCCGGAGUUUCCUAGCUCCCCCAGUAAGAAAAGAAUCUCAGUUUCAGAUCGAAGUGCUUCAUUUCAGGUUCUGCUCUUUUCAGUCUGAUAGAGAUCGGGACACAUGGUGGUUGCGCUAA